CUUAGUUUAUACCUUGGUAGAUAAUUUUUUUUUUUAAAAAGAAAAUAAAGAUCCAAGAAACUUGUGAAUAUUACCGAUAUGAGUGUAUUUUAAUUUGCAACUAAAUAUAUACAAAUUUUCUACAGAGAAAAUGAAAAUCACCAUCUUAUUGAUAGUACUCUUCACACUAUCCUUGGCAUCAGAAAGCCGUGCUUAUAGAAUACUUGCAGUGUUUCCAUAUAAUGGCAAAAGUCAUAAUAUCUUUUUCGAAGCAUUAAUGAAAGGUUUGGCAAAACGUGGGCAUCAGGUCGAUGUUGUUACACAUUUUCCACUAAAGAAGCCAGUGAAAAACUAUAAUGAUAUAAUCAGUCUAGAUGGAACCUUAGAAAGUGUCAUGAAUAAUUUUACAAUGGAAUUCAUAUCGUUUAUGAAUGAUGACUCUACGAAUGUGAUUUCAAAUUUGUAUGGAAAUAGAUUGUGCAGUUUUUUGGGACUCGAUAGUAUGCAGAAGCUGAUGAAUAAUCCUCCAAGGGAUCCGCCUUACGAUAUUGUAAUAGUUGAGGCAUUUACUGCUAACUGUUACUUUGGUCUUGGAUACAUUUUCAAAGUUCCCGUUUUAGCUGUUUCUACGGCUGCCGAAUUUCCCUGGAUAAGUGACUUUAUUGGCAACGACGAUAAUCUUGCAUAUGUACCAAAUACUUUUUACCACUCAAUUGGCGAAUUAAACUAUUGGGGUCGUGUCGAGAAUUUCGUUACAUAUUUUAUGGAGUUGCGAAAAUACCACUCUGCUACUGCUAAAAUCCAAACAGAAGCUAUGCGAAAAUAUUUAAGUUCGGAUAUACCUGACAUCAGAGAAGUGGAGAAAAACGUCGCACUUACCCUUGUUAACAGCAAUCCGAUUAUUUCUGGAAUCAAACCAAUAACACCGUCACUAGUACAAGUAGCUGGUUUGCACAUAGAAGAAAAUGAUGAAACCUUAAGUCCAGAAUUGAAAGAGUGGAUGGAUGAAGGUAAAUAUGGAGUGGUGUACUUCACGUUAGGAUCCAUGGUUUUAAUGGAGACAAUGCCUGUUGAGCAGUUAAAAGGUAUUUUUUCGGCUUUGAAAAAAAUAGCACCUAUCAGAGUAUUAGUCAAAAUAGUGGAUAAAUCUAAACUACCAAGUGGGCUACCAAAAAAUGUGAAAACGCUGCCUUGGACUCCCCAGAUACCACUUUUGGCUCACCCAAAUUUAAAGUUGUUCAUCACACAUGGUGGACUAGGUGGGCUUAUAGAAGCUUUGCAUUUUGGAGUUCCCAUGAUUGGGAUUCCACUUUUCUCUGAUCAGUUCCGCAACUGUAAACUAUUUGUUGCCAAACAAAUGAUGGUAACAAUCAGCUUGGAGAAAUUAUCUGAACAAACUCUUGAUUCUGCUUUACAAACUGUACUGUAUGAUCCUAUUUACAAGGAAAAGUCUGUGUACUACUCUAAACUUUUUCGGGAUCGGCCAAUGAGUCCAAUGGAUACUGCCAAUUUCUGGAUUGAACACGUUAUCCGUAACGGUCCAGUUUUGCGAUCUCCUGCCCUCAAAUAUACUUGGUGGCAGCUUGCUCUACUCGAUGUUUACGCAUUAUUUUUAUUUUCAUUCAUUCUUGCUCUCUUAUUGGCUACUUUUAUAAUACGAAUGAUUUUAAAAACAAUUCUCAAAAUGGUCAGUCGUAAUUAUCAUAUCGAAACUAAUAAAAAAAAAAUUAAAAGUGACUGUGUUUUCAAAAGAGAGAAAGCUUUCAAAAUGUUACAAAAGACAUUAUUCUUUUUACUUUUUAUCAUUACUAGUCUUCAUCAGUUCAGUGCAUAUAGAAUAUUAGGGAUUUUCCCAUUAAAUGGACGAAGUCAUGAAAUGAUGUUUGAAUCUCUCAUGAAGGGUUUAGCAAGACGUGGCCAUCAAGUUGACGUUGUAACACAUUUUCCUCCAAAAAAUCCACCAAAAAAUUAUAAAAAUAUUAUCAAUCUAUCGGGCACAAUGGAGAGUCUUGUCAAUAACUUUACAAUAGAUUUUGUUUUGGGAAUGGCUGACGACGUUGGAACUCAUGUUGCCACUGUGUAUGGCAACAGAUUAUGCCAUCUUAUGGGUUUAGAAGAGAUGCAGAAUCUUUUGAAAAAUCCACCAUCAAACCCACCUUAUGAUGUUCUCAUUACUGAGGCUUUUGGAGCAAAUUGCUUUAUGGGUAUAGGACGCCACUUAAAUAUCCCAGUGAUUGCGGCCUCAUCAGCCAUAGAAUAUCCUUGGGUGAGCGAAUUUACAGGAAAUAACGACAACUUAGCUGUCGUGCCUAAUGCUUUGUACAUGGCGUUCGGGCAAAUGAGUUUUUGGCAACGUCUUAAAAACACACUUGUAUACCACAAUGAAAUACGUAAAUUUCAAAAAUUAACCGAACACCCACAGACUGAGCUUAUGAAGAAGUACAUAAAUUCUAGUACGCCGAACAUUAGAGAAAUCGAAAGAAGCGUGGCAUUGACUUUGGUAAAUAGUCAUCCGAUUAUUUACGGUGUUAGGCCAGUUUUACCGACCGUUGUCGAAAUUGGAGGCUUACACGUUGAAGAAAGUGAAUCAACACUACCACAAGAUUUAAAGAAAUGGAUGGAUGAAAGCAACAGUGGAGUCAUUUACUUCACUUUUGGAUCGAUGGUAUUGGUUGAAACACUACCAGAAGCAACAUUGAAAACUUUAUACAGAUCUUUUGCUAAAAUUGCACCAGUACGAAUAUUGACUAAAGUUGCAGAUGAAAGCAAAUUACCGCCUGGAUUGCCAGAAAAUGUUAAAACUUUACCUUGGAUACCACAACAAGCAGUUCUAGCUCACAAUAACACUAAGGUAUUUAUGACCCAUGGCGGGUUAAUGGGAAGUCAGGAGGCACUUUAUUAUGGAGUACCAAUGAUUGGAGUUCCAUUGUUUGCCGAUCAACCUCGAAACGUGGAGGCUUUUGUGGCGAAAAAUAUGUCCAUAAAGCUUCCAUUGGCAGAUUUUUCUGAAGAAAAGUUGGAUGCCGUUUUUAAAGCCAUUCUUUAUGAUCCAAAGUAUACGAAAUAUGCAAAAUAUUACUCAAAUCUAUUUCGAGAUCGACCGAUUAGUGCAAUGGACAGCGCUGUGUUUUGGGUUGAGUAUGUCGCAAGAAAUGGACCUAACGUACUGCGGCCACCUUCUUUGACCCUCACUUGGUGGCAGCUAGCCUUAAUUGACGUUUACGGAUUUAUUUUUUUAGUCUUUAUCGUAGUUAAAUUCAUGUUAUUUUGUGCUAUUAAGUUAGUCAUACAAAAAUUAUUAUCAUACUUUGAAACAAAGGAGAGCACAAAGAAAAAGUUAUAA